UUUCUCCUUCUGCACCAAACUAGUCUAGGGUCGACGGUCGGAGACUAGACUACGCUCUUCUACAGGCCGAGCACUAGUUCCGAGCCACAGACUGCAACAAGCUUGUCGGCCGUCUCCAUCUCUGUCUCUGUCUCUCUAUGUGAGUCCGAGACUCGGUGAAGAAAAAAUGUCAUUCCUCGGAGUUUGUCAGCUAGCGUUGCUCGCACUGUGCGUGCAGGGAGUAGUGAUUGUGGCGCAAACACCUCGCCCCGAACAGUGCUCCGGCAAGGCUAAUACACUGCCUGUGUGGACUGGAGAGCCACGCCUGAUCAACAAGACCACCAAUGGAUCGCUGUACGUGGUCGGAGACGGCGAGGAUCAGUUCCAUGUCCUGCACGUAUACGGCACAGCGUACCAGAUGGGUUAUGCCCAUGGACAGCUUCUGGGUCCACAGGCCAAUGCCGUGGUGACGGGCUACUUGGCGUACGCCGAGGCACAGAUCGGAGAGUACAUCAAGUUCUUGCCCAAGAAGAUGGCGGAGUGGAUCGAGAGAGUCGGUCUGGAGGCAGCGCUGGAUGCUACUGCCGUCAUGACAAGACCGUACACUCCAGAAUAUUUCUUCGAAGAGAUGCACGGCCUGGCGGAUGCUACAGGCAUCGAAUACAAGACUGUACUGCAGAUGCACAUGUUACCCGAGCUGAUCAAAGCAUCUUGUUCCAUGAUGGGUGCUUGGGGAGGUGCCCUCACGGAUGCCACGGGUCUGUUACAGCUCAGAGCUCUUGACUUUGGCACGGACUCUAUCCUGCAAGACUACCCGGUCGUGACGGUCUACCAUCCGUCAGUCAACGGCCAUGCGUUUGCCAGUGUAGGCUGGGCAGGCUUUCUCACAGGCAUUGCGGGUAUGUCGUCGGCAGGAAUGGGAAUCUCUGAGAAGGUUUCCGACAUUCCGUUUGGCACUGAGUCCCGCUCGGGCAUCCCCUUCAACCUUCUGAUGCGUGACGUGCUGCAAUUUGACACCAAUAUCGACCAAGCUACUAAGCGAAUAAUGACUGCCCACCGCACCUGCUCUAUUUGGCUGGGCGUCGGUGCCGGGGCCGGAGCGGAGAGAGACUUCCGAAUUUUCCAGUACUCUGCCUCAACUGCAAAGGUGUACACAGACAAGAACAUCACGCUGGUGAACGAGACGCGUUUUAACCGGGAGCACUGCGACGACGUCUGCUACAACCAGUACACCAUGACAGAUGUUCUGUAUUGGGGCGUGCACCUCGGAUGUUGGAAUGAGGUGCUGCGGGAGAACCACGGUCGGAUCACACCGGAGCUCAUCAUCAACAUGGGUGGUCGUGUGAAGACAGGAGAUCUCCUUAGCGUCGUCUAUGAUUUACACGGCUUGAACAUGUACGUAUCAAAUGCAAAGGGCAGCAAGGAGACCGGAGAUCUGAACGCAUAUGACCGUAGGUUCGUCAAACUCGACGCCGCCAAGCUGUUUGCCCAGGCACGCCGUUAGAGAGCUGAUCUAGACUGCUAGCCUGGCCGCCGUGAUUGUCAGCGGAAUAUUUAUACAUAGCUGCGUGGAAAACAGAUGCAAUAUUCAUCAGCAUUCCUCUCUCUCUCACACACUCAGUGCGUGUGUGUGGGUCUCUCUCUCUCUCUCUCUCUCUCUCUCUCUCUCUCUCUCUCUCUCUCUCCCUCUCUCUCUCUCCCUACGUCCCUCUUUGUCGAAGGAUACUAGCAAUUUGUGCAUUCUUUGUUUUCCAUCAGUUAGUUUUCUGUUUUUACCAGCUAUUGAUUAUCGACUGACAUUUUACGAAUCAGUAAUUUACACUGCUAGCUAUUUGUUGGUAUUGGUUUUCUGAUCAUUCCAAAUCAAGCGAACGUGCAAAUUGAAAAAUUCACAAUUUUGCCCUCAGAGGAAGGUGAAGGUACUGUCUGUUUCGCCAUGCAAUAGCUAGAUUCUCUUUGUAGGAGCGUUGGCCUGGUGCAUGGUGUGCUUUGUAAAUUUUCAUGAGUUUGACACAAUUUCCUAUGGCUUUAAUACUUGGAAGUAUUUUCAUUCUAUUUUUUAUUUUUAGCAAUAAAUUAUUUUUCCUUUUGCCGACUGCAAUUAUUAUCGGUUAUGGGGAUUUACUCUCUGAUAUCAAAAGCCCGAAAGGCGAUAUUUGGAUGUAUAUUUUUUAUCAUUUUGGGAUUGCAGCCUUCGCUGACUGUUAUGAUGGUGUUGGUAACGCUGUGCUAAAGAGAUGAUUUUUAAAAGUUUGGCUUCCACGGAGCCUCUCUAUGUCGAGAUAUGAUCACGUUGCAACGUUGGAUAAGUUUAUUUACCCCUGAAAAAAUAUUUCUGAGGAUUUUAAAUUUGGUCAAUGUGAAUCGGAUGGUAUUAUAUUUAUGGAGAAAGUCUUAUGGUGUA